AUGGUCACCCUUUCCCAACUCCCCUAUGAGCUCCGCGAGAAGAUCUGGCUGGCCACCGUCGAGCCUCGCCUUGUCGGCCUGGUUCCCUGUCGGAUUGGCAAAGGCCGCUGGAGCGUCAGGAGCACCGUCCGCCCUCCCGUGGCGAUGCACGUCAACGCCGAGGCUCGCCAUAUACUGGGCAAAUACUACAAGAACCUGGAGACCCGCAGUGUGCUGAAUCACAAGAUGGACAUGGUCUAUGAGGACUGGCCCGUUGUCCUGGAUGCCUCGCCGCGCAUCCUGUUCAACUUUGACGUCGACACCCUCCACUUUGCAGACACGGCGCCUCCCGACAAGCCUGUGCCAGAGCCCGAGAUGUUGAGGCCGAAGCCAAAAGUGCCGACCAAUGCCAUGGAUCUCGUUAUUCUCAAAGAGUCCCUGAGUGCGUUUGACGGGCCGGGCUUCAGGGGCAUGAUUGACGCAUCUUAUCGCAUCCAGGACUGGCCUUAUAUCCUGGAAGCAAAGGACGUUAGCCACGACUACAUCCACAGCGGCGAUCCGAGACUGCUCAACUGGACCAGCAUCCGCUAUGUCCGCUUUGACUUUAACAUGUUCCUGUCGGACCUCGCCGUGUGGUGGGGGAUGAUGCAUCCCUUUGUGAAAUGGAUGCAGCAGGCAGCAACGCGUGUCGAGGUCGCGGACGACCCAAUCCGGAGCUACGACCUCGUCAUGUUGAGCGGCCGAGGAGACAAGCGGAGGCUUCAGAAGACCUUUCGACUCGCUCUCCGUCCAGAGAAAGAAGCCGACCCGGCGUACCAAGCUUCAUCGCCCAUUCAGAGGCUGGAGCAGUACGGCGCAGUGGUUUUUGAAGAGGUGCUGCCUACACCCGAAGGCAAGGCCAUUCUAUUUGAAGUUGUUGAUCCUCGCAUUGGGGGCGACGCCAUCACCAAGUGGAAGCGGUUUUCGAUUGACCUGAGGAUCAGGAGGCCGCCGGACCCUAUAGUCCUACCCCGAGCGACAGCUUUCGGGACGGACAUGGAAGUGCUGUGGCAGAUGGCCAAGCGUAGGCGGGGUCUGGCUCAUGGCGAGAUGUCUCCUGUUCACGGGCUGUGCCUCGCAGACUAUGGAAUCGACGGUGGCUUUCGCGGCAGGAAGUGA